CUACAACCUCCUCCUAUCCCCUUGCAUCGUCCUGGCUCAUAACUCUUAGUUCGACGCGAACAGUGUAUUUUAACACUCGUUAGCCAUCAUGCGAUCCGCCGCCUGUAUCGAUAUGUCCUGUCACGAUCAUGCGAGGCUUGGCUGGAACGCCACGCGGUUCAGCCGCAGCCUGCCACCGUCUUCAGAGCGAUGAACUCUGCGACGCACAUCAGACAGAGCCAUCGCCAUGGAGAUCAGCGGCCCGUCCUCAGGCUCGUCCGAGCUACCCCUCAUUCCUCGGGACCCCUCCGGCUUGAGUCAGCAAGGCUCUAUCAACUGGGAUAACAUCGUCCACCGUUCUCUCACGUUCACCGUCGGCGUGCUCAAUCGCUGCGCGAAUACCGGCGUGGACCCUUACAGUGUGGUAGUCGGUCAAGCCGUGGCCCAGAGCUUCCCCCUUGCACGUGGCGGCCGCGAAAAUAUCCACAAUGCCAUCGCGGCACUGCGGUACCAGAAUGGCAUUGCGAAUACGCUCUGGUUCGGCUUCGGCGUGAGAGCGCUUGCCCGCACUCUCGUACUAACCAGCGAGGGGACAAGUCUCCUCGCCCUCUGCGCCUGCCUUGGGGAGUGUUUCCAUGAAGACCUCGCUCCUGAGGUCAUGUUCCACAUCGUUAAGGCCUACGGAGCACCCGGCGAGCUGACUCCAUCCACGGCGCAGUGGGCUGCGAUUAUCAAGGCUUGUUCGGGAUCGCUUGCAACGAGCAAGUUUCCACUGUUGGCCGAGGGGCUCAUGAGGCUUGAUCCUGGUUCGGGAAGGACCACGAUGCUGAAUUCAAAUUUUCAGCAGUGGCCUUUCGUUCGUGGAUGCCCGCUACCGGAAGAUCUAGCUACGGUUAUCAUUGCGGUGGGCAAAGUAGCAUCCGGGCAGCUAGAGUCUAUUCACGUCGCGGGAUGUGCUGCGGUCGGUUGGAUCGGCGCCAUCGCGGAGUGGCUCUUUGACCUCAGAAUCGCUAUUUACACAUCUCCCGACGAGCCGUCUCCAGCCUACUCAAACUGCUUGGAGGGUCAGGACGUUCAGGUCUACCUAACGUUCGACCGCGAUCCCUCAACAUCCAUCCCACAACCCCGGCUUCACCUUGUGCGAAAAUCAUAUUUUCUUCCUAACAGCUCAUCCUUCAUGGUGAUGACGCACGAGUCGACUGAGGCACAGAAAGUGUUAUUCAGUGGCAGGGUCCCAUGGCAGUCCUGCUUGAUCGAUACCUUCGGGUCUGACUUCGAGCGACUGCGCAAGAUGCCAUUGAAUUUUGGCGCCGCUCUGGGAUGUGCCUCUAGGAUCUUCAAAGCCAUCAUCAAGGCCGAAACUGGAAUACCGGAGAAGUAUCUGGAAGAGUGCCGCGGCUACUUCGACGCGUCUGGAGGUCAGGGAUUCGUCCACAACGCACUUCGUUGGUUCCCAGAGCUCGGCCCUCUCAAGCCAGCUAUGGAGAAGGCAUCUAGGAUGAACUUGGAGGCCGCUAAGGAGGGCUACGAGGAGAAGUUUGCUGCUAUACAAAGGAGCUGCAACUGUGGGGUUUGCCGAGAGUGGGAUAAUUUCGAAGAAGGCGAGGGGUUCUGUCUUGUCCUGAUCAUGGAAACUAUCAUCGUUCUCUGCCAGAUAACAGCCGGUCUCACGGUUGUGGAGCAUUUGCAUCCAGUGAGGAGCGGCUUGGAAACAUUCUAUAAGAGGCAGCUUCAAGUGCGGGAAAGGGACGGGGACGAAGAUGACGAAGGCGACGGUGGCCUGCAGGACGGCCUUCAAACGAUGGGACCAAUUAUCUACGUGCUCUGGACGAAUGGAUUCGUGGAUCUCACCCUGGAGCAGUACCCGGAGGCGUAUGAGGGCAGACUAGUAGCUGCUAUCAAGCUCUUCACUGGUCGAGACACAUCUACGCAUCUCACUGCCAGCGCCGUGAGUGAGUCCGGAAUCUGUGCUUACCUCGACAUCCUACGAAAUUUUGCCAUCGAUCCCGAAUCCACAGGCCGCAUUCACGUCAUCCCGGGAAUGAUUGAACACGACCACAAGCCUUUUCCGCAAGUGCAAGAUAACGAAAUAGAGCUGAUGCGGCGCACCGGAUCUAUCAAAGAACUUUGCGCGACAACUGCAGAGCUCAAUGAAGUUGUCCUGGAGAUCACCGAAACUGCCCACUCGCUGUCUGUGAACUUCAUGUUCCGCGGGUGUGACGACGAGAGGAAAGACGGCUCGAAACCCUUCCUCCGUAUCGGCCCGGGUGACAUUGUGAGCAGGGCCCAUAAGGCACGUGGCCUUGUACGCUGCAACGCCCCAGCUCGAGCCUGCAAGAGGAAGAAUAUGGGCGCGAUUUCCUGUGAUAACGCCGAAUACCCUAUCCUUAAGUUGACGGUUGACGGUGAAGUCAUCGAGGUGUGCGACGCGGCAAGGAGCGGAGACUAUCUUCGAGCCGUCGCUCUCAGCAUUGCCACGGGAAAGAACCCUACCUAUUUCUGCAUCCUGUCUGACGGGGAGUGUAUUGACUGUUGCCUAGGGAAGGCCGUUAACCAGAGCAUUAGACCAGCCUUGGUAAUUGCAAACGUGGGUAGGAGUUGGCAAGGGUCCACGUGACUACAACAUACAGCACGGGAGACGCGCUUCAUUGGGUAUCUUUAUACAAGGUUAAAGUCACCUGGUAUGCCUCAGAUCGAUACAUACAACUAGUGCACUGAUAAUAUACAAGGUAAACAUUAAUCACCCCGCUCGUCCACAGGUUCCACAGCCACAAGACGCGUGGCUUUCUGUGACGAGAGAAAACGAGCUCUGCACCGAGAAGUAGGGAGGGCAGAAAGCCCUAUGUAUCUACAUGUUGGAGGGGGAGGGGCAAACACCCCAGAUGUACGUGAAACAUGGGUAAAACAAGUGGCUUUUGGUCGCCAACACUUUCGAUUUAG